AUGAUGCAAUAUAAUUGCAUCGGUUUGGGUUACAAAUCAAAAUUCAACUGUGAUGUUGAGGAUCCCCAAAGCUUCAAUGAAGAAUGCUUUUGUACAAGGCUAACAGAUGAUCUCUUGCUGUAUGGAUUGUGCAUUGGUUAUAAUGGUAACAAAGUAUCAAAGUAUGUUGCCAAACAUUUUGCAGUCAAGUUCCUAAAUUUUAUUGAGGAUGCUCAUAAUGCUGAUAGCAAAAUCAAUUCUAUACUUAUAAAGCAUAUUUUUCAGCAAAGUGAAAAUGAACUUGAAUGUGCAAGUGUGUUAAUUGCCUUGAACCACAAAAACAAGCUACAUGUGGCUUAUACUGGCUGUAGCAGAGCCCUGCUGGUGAUGGGUGAUGACAAGUUGUACCAUGUGAACCAACUGACCACGGAGCAUAACAUGCUGAACAGUAAGGAAAUUCAAAGAUUGACAGAACUUGGUCUUGAUUGUUCCAAACUAGGAACUUCUGAAUUAUGUGGACAUCCAUUCACUAGAUGCAUUGGAGGACUGAAUUUAAAAAAGCACUUCCAGAACUAUCCGUUAUUAAGCAAACUACUUUCAUCACCGUGGAUCUGCGAACCAGACGUUAUUGAACCAGUUCAAAUUAAUGAUUCUAGUCACACGUUAGUUCUUGUUUCAAACAACAUCAUAUUCAAGAUAGCGGAUAGUGGCUGCUCUCCUGAAAAAAUCAACGACGCAAUAUUUACGAAAAUUCAGCAACAAAUUCAAAUUCAUCCUAACAUGAACAACGCUGCGCAACGUUUGAUAGAGGAAAUCAGCUCUUAUGAAAAUAAAACGUUUUGUAUGUUUUCACAUGAAAGUUCAUACUCGAUAAUUAUUCACAAUUUCAAAAAUCCGUAUUUGUCCAACACGGUUAAAAAAGCAACAUAUCGUAAUAUAAAUGCUUUACCUCCGUUGACUAUAGAUGUUGGUAAUAACGAAUCUGAACUCUCUCAAUUAAAUUCUUUGCAGCUAGAUUUUCGGCUACCGGAAUUAUUUUCAAAAAAGAAUGUUUCCCGAUCAGAAACUAUGAAAUCUGUAGAUGACAUGCUUAAGUCAACUGAAGACAGCAACUUGAUUUUAAGAAAACCUGAAAAACUUGCUCCUUAUGUUGAUUUUUCGGCUUUUUAUGCUAAUUCUUCAAAUGCAGAUUUAAUAGCUGAUUCAAAGGCUCUGCGUGAUUUUGAAAUUAUUUCUGAAAAUAUUUUAAAAAGUUGA